UUCAUUUAUAUAUCUGAUCACUGAUUUUGCUUUCUUGGAGUCAUACAGCGCAGAAACACUGCUAAAAUGUCCAGGCAAAUGACUAUCAAGAAACUACUGUUCCUCUUUCUUCUUUCCGUGCUGAUAGUUAAAUCCAAGACUAUUUCGGACUAUGAUGAGGAGGAAUCCACCGUUGCACCACUGGAUGAAGAUGGGGGAACACAUGUGGAUGCACGAGGUCACAGGCCACAUUAUAAAAAGCAGGAGCCAGCUCCCUCUCUCAGGCCAGUUCUUCCUCCUCCCAGCGGCGGCAUUAGAUAUCGGGCUCGUCCAACAAAGCCCCCAGUUGCUGGCAAACCCAAAGAGCAAGUAGUUUUCCCUGAUAGCGGAGGCUGCAAGCAUAUGUCAGAGGAGCUGGGUGUAUUAUGUCCAACUGGAUGUGAACUUCGAACUGAAGUGUUAAAACAGGCAAAGACAGUGAAACCGACUGUUCGGGAUUUAAAAGACAAAGUAAGGAAGCUAGAGCAAUCUACUUCAAACAUUUUUAGCUACACCAAUAUCCUGGAUGAGCGCUUAGCGAAAAGACAGAAACAAAUAAGAGAUAAUCAGAAUGUAAUUUCUCAGUACAACAAGGAGGUUGAGGAGCACUACGCCUUCAUCAAAGAAAACUUGGAUAGCAACAUCCCAAGUAACUUGAAAGUGUUUCGUGGAAUUGUGGAUAUUUUGCACCAAAAACUACUGAAACUGGAAAAUGCUAUCACAACCCAGUUGGAAAAUUGCCGCAGUCCUUGUACAGUUUCAUGCAAUGUCCCAGUGGUGUCUGGCAAAGAGUGUGAAGACAUAAUUAGGAAAGGAGGAGAUAAAUCUGAGCUGUACCUUGUUCAACCUGAUCCUUUUGCCAAGCCGUUCAAAGUUUAUUGUGACAUGACCACCGAUAAUGGAGGCUGGCUUCUUAUUCAGAACCGCCAGGAUGGAAGUGUUAACUUUGGAAGAACAUGGGAUGCAUACAAAAAAGGAUUUGGAAACACUGCAUUCAGUGGUGGAAAGAAUUAUUGUGACACUCCUGGUGAAUAUUGGCUUGGAAAUGAUAAAAUCAGCCAGCUUACCAAACUGGGACCCACAGAGCUUCUAAUUGAACUGGAAGAUUGGGAUGGUGCUAAGGUGAACGCACAUUAUGGAGGAUUCAGCAUUCAGGGUGAAGCAAACAAGUACCAGCUCUCACUUAGCAACUAUAGAGGCACAGCUGGCAACGCUUUGCUAGAAGGAGCUUCACAAUUGCUAGGAGAGAACAGAACAAUGACAAUCCAUAACAGCAUGUUCUUCAGCACAUUCGACAGAGACAAUGACGGAUGGGCAAACCCAGAUCCAAAAAGGCAGUGUUCGAGGGAAGAUGGUGGUGGCUGGUGGUAUAAUCGCUGUCAUUCGGCCAAUCUAAAUGGCAGAUACUACUGGGGUGGACAUUAUACCCCAGAGAUGGCAAAACAUGGAACAGAUGAUGGGAUUGUAUGGAUGAACUGGAAAGGGUCCUGGCGUUCACUGAAGAAAGUGAGCAUGAAGAUUCGACCAGUCUCUGAACAAUAGCUGUUAUUAUUUAAAUAAAGAAUAGCAGGGAUUGGGGUUCAUGCCUCUUUCAUGAUACCUGAGCUUCAUCUUAUGAUAAAAGUCAAACAACAUGAACAAAAAGAAGUCUGCGAUGUUACAUGGCUAAUAAAUUGUGAUUGAAAGCGAUGCUAUACUGGAUAGGACUCUAGCAGUCCCAUUAAAAGAACUUGCAAAUGUCA